AUGACCAACCUCUUAGCUCAGAAGCCGGAGCUCAACGACAUUCCCCGGACGCAUCAUAUGGGGAAUCCACUAUAUGCCGCAGCCGUCAACGGCCGACGUCAAUUUGUAGAAAUUCUCUUGGCUAGAGGUGCAGAUGUCAAUUAUCCCGCGGGAGUAUAUCGACAUUCACUACAGGCUGCGUGCUUUGUGGGCCAAACUGCCAUUGUUAGACUCCUCUUGGAUGCUGGGGCAGAGGUCAACGCCAAAGGUGGCCACUUCGGCAACGCAUUCCAAGCUACAGCGUAUUCAGAAUCUCUAGAAAUUGUACAGAUGUUGUUCCAGGCAGGUGCUAUUGUGGAGGCAAAAGGUGGACACUUUAAUACUGCAUUACAAGCUGCGUCGUUUAAUGGCCACGAUGAGAUAGUCAAGUACCUCCUGGAAAAGGGAGCAAGUAUCAAUGACACCGGUGGUUGUUGGGGAAGUUCACUUCAAGCAGCCUCGAUUAGCAACCGCGUAGUCGUGGCAACAUUAUUGUUGGAACAUGGCGCCGAUGUCACCAUCCAACCCCCAAUAUUGUCCAAGGGUUCUGCAUUACGUAUCGCAGUCAUAUGUUCAUUCAUGAGCAUGGUUAAAGUGCUUUUGACUGCUUCCGGUCACGAAACUAAUCGUAAAGAAUGGGCCUUGACUCGCAAGUUUCCACUCGAACUUGUUAGGGAGCACGAUGAAAAGUACAAAAAUAAACCUACGAAUAUUCCGAAAGAAUGGAGGCUGCUCAGAGAAAUUUUAGCGAUGCUUGAUGUGUAUGCAAAGGAUCACGGAAUCGAAAUAGAGAAGGAAGAAGUAGAGAUCUAG